UUAAUUGUAAACAUUGCAAUGUUCUUUGCUUAUCUCAAAAAGAAAUCAAAACUUGAUCAAAGUCAAGUUAAUUUCAAAUAUCCAAUUAUAUACCUAACUUGUUCUACACCAACAAAUAUUAGGAUCAGCUGAUAAGAGAGUUAUUCCAACUUAAUCAGAAGUCUCUAUCUCUAAUUUGAGUCUUAAAAAUGCAACAACGUUUGUUGGGAGAGUUUCCCUCAUUAAAAAUUGCUCCGUAAUAGAAUUGCUAAAGUAUAACAAACCUCGAAUCACCCAAAAAAAAAAAAAAAUCUAUACUCAAUAAUAUCACAAAUUAAUUUUGACUUGUUAAUAUGCUCUAGCACCUAAAGCAAAAACAAAAGAAUUCCAGAAAACCAAAAAGACCAUAUAAUAGCACUUUAGUAUAAUGUUCUGAUUUCUGAUACAAAGAUCGAAUCUUUUAAAGUUCUCCCAUGUAAAAUCAAUCAGUGGGCGAACAAUGGCACCGGCGAAGAAAGGCAAAGCAACCAGCGAGUCAACUCGGCAAAUUCAGGCGAGUCAGAAUCAACCCAAUGAAUUUCCGUCUUGUCUAAAAUCAAUUCCACCUUCUUCCGUUGCCAUCACAAUCCACGCUAAACCCGGCUCCAAACUCUCCUCCAUCACUGAUGUAGGUGAGGAGGCAGUAGGAGUACAGAUUGAUGCACCAGCUAGAGAUGGUGAAGCUAAUGCCGCUUUACUCGAUUUCAUCAGCUCUGUUAUUGGUGUUAAAAAGAGGCAAUUAUCUAUUGGUUCAGGUUCCAAGUCGAGGGACAAAGUGGUGAUUGUGGAAGAUGUAACUUUGAAAAGUGUGUUUGAUGCUUUGAAUAAAGAUGUGCAAUCCUAGCAAAGGAUCAAAUGGUUGAGAUGAACAAUAUGUGUAACAGAACUUCUUUGAAGUUAGGAGGUGACGUAAAUCAAAUUUUGCUACCAAGCCUCAGCUUCCUGCAGUUGCUUUUCCGUAAAUCAGCCAUCAGUUACUUGUAGCAACAAGCUGGUGACUCCCAUUACAGUAUUUUGUCAAGGUGCAUAAGUGCAUUGUAAGGGCUGAAUAUAGGUGCAGAGUGAAGGCUGCUGAGUUUCACUUGCAAUAUCUUUAUCCAAAAUUCGUUGGAUGAUGUUCUUCAGAGUUUUAAGACCACUGUAUAAUACUUGGUGUUUUUCUUCCCUUGAUUUGGUGUAUGUUGUGCCUCUAAUGAUGUGAAUAGUGUAGACUUGGGAUCAUACCUUAAUACUUGCUUUUCCAGAUCAUUCUAACCAACUUAGAGACUUUUUUAA